AUGAAUUCUCUACCCGAAAUAUUAGAUCAAUUAACAAUAUUUUAUGUUAGAGAUAGAAUAAUACAUUUCAAAGAAAAUCAUGAUUUUUUAUUUAACAAUUAAAUAAGAGGUUUAAAAUAUGUUCAAGUUUAAGCAGCAAUUUAUUUAGCUGUUUUUAUUGAUUUAAAUGUUUUACAAGUUAAAAAUGAUACAAAAAAUUACUUAAAAAAUUUGAUAUAAUUUAACUUGGAAUAGCACUAAUUAGUAUUUAGGUCUUAGUAUGGUUACCUUAGUUACUAAAGAUGUUUAUAUUGA